CCCAAUCAAAUGUCUCCUCUUGACGUCAUGCGCGUAUUGGCUCCUCAUUGGCCCGGGAACUGUGUUGGUAGCGUGUAGCACUGUUUGAAUUCGUGCGUGAUAGAAGACCUCAAAACUACGAUAUUAAGUGCUGUGCUUUGAAUUUAGGUACUGGCGUGGAUUAUUAACGGAUACGAACUAAUCCCACAGUCUGGUGCUGUUGAUCUGACAUUGUGUGGCCAUGCGGCACAAUAAAUCGGCACAUAAGCGAAAACCAUCAACCCCAAGGCGCCGAUCUCCCCCAGAGCAGAUACCGCCACCCUCGACAUCCAGAGCCCGGCGCACCAGCGGACCCUCCGAAGCGUCCCCACGCAAGAAACACCGGUUUCGCCCUGGCACCCGAGCUCUGAUGGAGAUCCGCAAAUAUCAGAAGUCUACUGAUCUGUUGCUGCGCAAGGCCCCGUUUUCACGACUGGUGCGAGAGGUGUGUCAGACAUUCAGUCGAGAACACAUGAUGUGGCAGGGAUAUGCUCUAAUGGCAUUACAGGAGGCUGCAGAAGCAUUCAUGGUCCGUCUGUUUUCUGAUGCCAACCUCUGUGCCAUUCAUGCCAAGAGGGUGACAUUGUUUCCACGUUUAAUUGGUCUUGACAUGCGAAUCAGAGGUGUCGAAAACAUGUGAAGUUGGAAUUUUUUUUUUUUUUUUUUUUUGUACGAUUUGACGAAUUUCCUUACAGACACUUGUAAGGACACUUUCCUCAAAUCAAAUGUUAAAAUAGUUGCAUAUGCAGCCAAAGAAACCAUGGCAUGGAAGUGUAUUGAUAUGAACUUAUUUUUAAACAUUUUUUAGGAAUUGUAAUAUAAAGCAUUUUAUUUUGUGUUGUAAAGUUGCAAAGAAGAUGUUUGUUUCUGGUGAUGUUUGUUG